AUGCACGCUGUACUCGCAGCUUUCAUAUUAUGUGUAGCGUUAGCUACGCUCGGCACUUCAAGUACGAUCUCUAACCGACCAUAUGGCACCUUCGCACUGUCCGCAGCCAGAGCCCGGCCUCGAUUCCGCUACUGGUUGCCCGAUGCAGGCGUCAGCCCAGCGACUGUGAAAGCCGACAUCGAGGCUGCUGGCGUAUGGGGAGCAGGCGGUGUCGAGUUCCUCCUAUUCUACAACCAUGGAGGCGGGGCUCCAGUGGACAACUGGGUCGAGUAUGGAUUCGGGACUCCAGCCUUCAAUGUACUGUUCAAAGCUGCGCUGGAGGCGCAUCGUGAGAAUGGCUUGUUUAUGGGCUUUGCUGUAGGGCCGAAUCAAGGUCAGGGUGUGCCUGCUGAGACUGAUAAUCCGGGUUUGCAGUGGGUUUAG